AUGUCACAUGUACUCACCUGUCCCAAUGAUGAUGACGAAUGGCUGAUGCCAUUAUCUUGCUUGUCACAACACUAUCUAUCUAUCUAUCUAUUAUGGUCACAACACUAUCUAUCUAUCUAUCUAUCUAUCUAUCUAUCUAUCUAUCUAUCUAUCUUGGUCCAUUCAUCUAUCUAUCUAUCUAUCUAUCUUGGUCCAUUCAUCUAUCUAUCUAUCUAUCUAUCUAUCUAUCUGCGCAUAUGUAGGAUUUUUCCUUUUGGUCAUUCAUCUAUCUAUCUAUCUAUCUAUCUAUCUAUCUAUCUAUCUGUUAUGAAAGAUGCUAUAAAAAUAUACAAAUCUAUCUAUCUAUCUAUCUAUCUAUCUAUCUAUCUAUCUCAGUCUAAUAAUAUCCAUCUAUAUAUCAAACUCUUCAUGUCUAUCUAUCUAUAUAUCUCUUUAUGCCUAUCUAUGUCAGUCUAUUCAUAUCUAUCUAUCUAUCUAUCUAUCUAUCUAUCUAUCUAUCUAUCUAUCUAUCUAUCAAUUCAUUCUAUUCAUAUCUAUCUAUCUAUUCAUGUCUAUCUAUUUGAGCCUAUUAAUAUCUAUCUAUUCAUGUCUAUCUAUACUAGUCUACUCAUAUCUAUGUAUGCAUGUAUGUAUGUAUGUAUGUAUGUAUCUAUCUAUCUAUUUAUCUGUCUUAGUCUAUUCAUAUCUAUCUAUAUAUCUAUCUAUCAGUCUAUUCAUAUCUUUAUUUCUAUCUUACUCCAUUCAUAUCUAUCUAUCUAUUUAUGUCUAUCUAUCAAUCUCAGUCUAUUCAUAUCUAUCUGUCUAUCUAUCUAUUCAUGUCUGUCAAUCUUGGUUUAUUCCUAUCUAUCUAUCUAUCUAUCUAUCUAUCUAUCUAUCUAUCUAUCUAUCUACAAAUAUUUCUGUGCUUACAUAAUUCAUUAUUCUUACUAUCUUAUUCAUUUGUUUUUUCUCCUUAUAAAGUAUUCUUUCUUUCUUUCUUUCUUUCUUUCUUUCUUUCUUUAUUAUUUAUUCACUUGUUCUUUUCUUCUUAUCCAACAAUCAUUCUUUCUUUAUUUCUUUCUUUCUUUCUUUCUUUCUUUCUUUCUUUCUUUAUUAUUUAUACACAUGAACUUUUCUCCUUAUCUAACUUUCUUUCUUCCUUCCUUUUUGCCUUCCUUUCUUCACCCAUUCUUUUUGUCCAUUUCUCUUUCUUUCUUUCUUUCUUUCUUUCUUUCUUUCUUUCUUUCUUUCUUUCUUUCUUAUUUAUUCACCUGUUCUUUUCUGCUUAUCCAACAUUCUUUCUUUCUUUCUUUCUUUCUUUCUUUCUUUCUUUCUUAUUAA